AUGGAGUUUAUAGACAUCAGCCAGCUGUCUUUCAUACACGACUUGGGCCCUAAAGGAUUGGAGGGGAUGAUCCACAAGCGCUCAGGAGGACAUCGCAUACCGGGCAUGAACUGCUGUGGUCAUACCCAAGCCUGCUACCGCUGGUCCAAACGGUGGCUGGUGGUGAAGGACUCGUUCCUUCUCUACAUGAAGCCAGACUCUGGGGCCAUUUCCUUUGUGCUUCUGUUGGACAAAGAGUUCAGCAUCAAAAUGGACUCCAAAGACACAGAGACUAAAUACGGGGUCCGCGUCGACAGUCUCUCGCGGACGCUGGUGUUCAAAUGCAGCAGCUACAGACACGCUCGCUGGUGGGGACAGAGCAUCGAGAACUUUGUCAGAAAUCACGGGAAAGCCUUUCUCCGGGAUCAUCGCUUCAGCUCCUUUGCACAAGAGCAGGAGAAUAUCCCGGCCAAAUGGUACGUAAACGGAAAAACAUACAUGGAAGACGUAGCAGAUGCUUUGGAGGAGGCGAAGGAGGAGAUUUUCAUCACAGACUGGUGGUUGAGUCCAGAAAUCUUCCUAAAAAGACCAGUGGUGGAGGGCAACAGAUGGAGGCUCGACUACAUCCUGAGGCGCAAAGCACAACAGGGCGUGCGGAUCUUUGUGAUGUUGUACAAGGAAGUGGAGCUUGCUUUGGGAAUCAACUCUGGCUACAGCAAGAGAACUCUGCGGCACCUUCAUCCCAACAUCAAGGUGAUGCGACAUCCUGACCAUGUGUCCUCUUCCGUGUAUCUCUGGGCCCAUCAUGAGAAGAUCGUGGUCAUCGAUCAGAGCGUGGCGUUUGUGGGCGGGAUCGAUUUGGCCUACGGUCGCUGGGACGACCGCGAGCAUCGGCUCACAGAUGUGGGCAGUGUGACCCGGUCUGUGGCACUGGAGCAGGCUUCCGUAGCAGACUGUGUUGCUCAGAGGAACGGGCGCGGGAUCCCUCCCUCCGCUGAGGUGGACUUACCCAAACUGAAAGGCAUCGGGCGCAGUCGAAUGUCCCGCUUCAGCCUGUACAGACACAUCCACAGACACGCGGUGCAGAGGGCCGACAGUGUGAGCAGUGAGGACAGCACAGGGAGUGGUUCUGUGAAAAGCCUGAAAACCGGAAUGGGAGAACUUCAGGGCAACACGCGCUUUUGGCAUGGAAAAGAUUACUGCAACUUUGUGUACAAGGACUGGAUUCAGCUGGAGAAGCCUUUUGACGACUUUAUCGACCGAUACACAACGCAGCGGAUGCCGUGGCACGACAUCGCCUCUGUGGUUCACGGGAGAGCUGCAAGGGACGUGGCCAGACAUUUUAUUCAGCGCUGGAACUUCACAAAGAUCAUGAAGCCGAGGUACCGCUCCUUGUCGUAUCCCUACCUGCUCCCCAAGUCUCACACAAGUGCCAGUGAGAUCCGAUACCAGGUCCCAGACAGCGUCACCACCAAAGUCCAAGUGCUGCGUUCGGCAGCGGACUGGUCCGCUGGUAUUAAGUAUCACGAGGAGUCCAUCCACAAUGCCUACGUCCAGGUCAUCGCCCAGAGCAAACACUACAUCUACAUCGAGAACCAGUUUUUCAUUUCUUGCGCUGAAAACAAAAUAGUCCAGAACAAGAUCGGGGACGCCAUCAUUCAGCGGAUUCUCAGAGCCCACAGAGAGGGGAAAAAGUACCGGGUCUACGUGGUGACGCCUCUGCUCCCUGGGUUUGAGGGCGACAUCACGACCGGAGGAGGGAACGCCAUCCAGGCUGUCAUGCACUUCAACUACAGGACCAUGAUAAGAGGGGAAUACUCUAUAAUAUCUCAGCUAAAAAGAGAAAUGGACGACCACUGGAUGAAUUAUAUUUCCUUCGCUGGUCUGAGAACUCACGCUGAGCUGGAGGGACGCCUGGUCACGGAGCUCAUCUACGUCCACAGCAAGAUGCUCAUUGCCGACGACAACACCGUCAUCAUCGGCUCUGCAAACAUCAACGACAGGAGCAUGCUGGGAAAGCGUGACAGCGAGGUGGCGGUGAUCGUGGAGGACUCGGAGAAGGUGUCCUCCGUGAUGGAUGGACAGAGUUAUGAAGCUGGACCCUACGCACUGCAGCUGCGCCUGGAGUGCUUCAGAACAAUCCUCGGAGGCCACACUGACAGCAGCAUUGACCUGUCAGACCCCAUCAGUGAGCGCUUCUACAAAGAAGUUUGGAUGACUACCGCUGGACGCAACGCCACCAUUUAUGAGAAGGUGUUCCGAUGUCUUCCCUCGUCUCUGGUGCGUAACAUGGUCGAGCUGGAGCAGUACCAGACCAAACAGGGACUGGCUCAGACCGACGUGACCAAAGCCCGAGACGAACUCAGGAAAAUCCGGGGUUUCCUGGUCCAGUUUCCUUUGGACUUCUUGUCUGAACAAAACCUCAUGCCUUCUGUGGGAACCAAAGAGGCCAUGGUUCCAACUGAGAUCUGGACAUAG